UUUAUAAUUCAAGAGUCUUGUGUGGUAUUUUCUACAAACACAUUCUGGGCAUCAGUUUGCGAGCUUCGUUCCAAUGGACAAUCCAUCUUCGCCAUCGAAGAACAAUGAAGCGAAGAAAACGCCGAAGUUGCCGACGAAAGGGAUCGCUCUGAUGAACGAGGACCUUCUGCAGAACGUACUGUAUAGGCUGCCCGCUGUAUCCUUUGCAUCGGCAGCGUGCGUUAGCAAAUCCUGGAACCAACUCUGCAAUCGAAUCCUCUCUCGCCCCAAACUGGCAUCUGCUCUCUCUAUGAACCCCUCUAAACAAGUUGCCUUACAAGAGGUUAUUGACAAGGUUCUCUGCGAGCCUCUUCGUCCCGACUUUGCCAUUGCAAAUGUUGACAGAGGAUUUGACUUGGCAGAGACUCUCCAAAUUCUUGUAGAAAAGCUGGGAUCCCAAACUCCCAUUGUUCUAUCACGUGUCAGUGGAAUCAUUGGAAGAGAUGCCACUACUGGUGAAUUUAGAGAGGUCACUUGCGACGAAGAUGAAGAAAAUGAACCUGUGAAUUCUUGCAUCCUUUUGACUAUAGGCUUUGUACCAGGUUUAAAAGUCGAUGCUAUCCCUUUGUUACGACCAAGGAAGGCACCUCAAGCAGCAAUGAUUGACAACUUUGUGGUGGAUAUUAGGAAUUACACAACCUCCAUUUCAGGUUGUGCCACGCCUGUUGGGAUUAUAAUGUUCGGAGAUGCACGCAUUGACCAGAAAGUAAUCAUUGAAAAGUUGGACUACGCCAUGCCUGCGGAAACUGUCAUUGUGGGUCAAGAGAGAGGUCAUUUUGUAUUUAGAAAUGGUAGUGGUUCAAUAAAUGUGUGCAGAAGUACAAACUACAAUGUUGGUGCUGUUGCCCUAGUCUUUGCAAGGGAUAGAAACAAACCUCACGGUAUUGGCAACAUUCAGUUCCAUGUGGCAUUGUCGAAUGGUGUUUCACCAAUAGGACCGAGCUAUAGGGCUGUAUCUGUGAGAUCAAACAGCUCCAGUAACGGUACAUGGCUCACUGCCAGAAGAGAAGGACAACAAGUAACCCUUGAUGGCCAAACAAUUCUAGAUGAUAUCAACAAUGCGUUGGAAAAUCGUAUUGGGCGUCCAGAACUUUAUGUUGGGGUUGUGAGACGAAGAAAAUGCUCCAUUGGAUUAGAGAAGCCAAGGUCGCUAACAUCAUUGGCAUUCCAUGGAGUUGUGGGUGGAGAUGAGGAAUACCUUUAUGCCGAUGGUGUUGGCAUCAAAACUGGUGAUUACUUGCAAUUUUACCAGUCAGAUCCCAACAUUGCAUUAUCUUCAAUCGGUAAUGUGACUGAAAGCCUCAGAAGUUUGAAGCUUGAAUGGAGUUCUAAGAAUUGCAUUCAUGUGGAUAGUGGUGGUAGUAAUGUUGCUAAGAACGAAGUUGUUGGUGGUUUUAUAUUUGCUUGCUGUGGCCGUAGUGCAUCAUUUUACGGGCAUGUGAAUGUUGAGAGCUCUCCAUUCUUAGAGAACUUUCCUGGGGUUCCAUUAGCUGGAGUGUUUUGUUGUGGAGAAAUUUUGCGCGGUUCCUCAACUUUGACUGGCCAAGAAGGCCAUCAUGAGAGUUCCACCCCUUGCUGUCUACAUAUAUAUAGUACAGUUUAUCUGAUGAUGUCAUAUAAUUCAGCGCCUCAAUAGUUACCCGUCAAUUCUGUUUAAGAUGGAGCAGAUCUAGUUGAAGGUUUUAGUUUUAGCUUCUGCUUUGUGAUAAUACGUUUAUCAUUUGCAUAAGCAGGUAUUCUGUCAAGGCAAACAUUAGAUGACCUUAGAAAAAACUUCUGCAGGAACUAAAUAGUUGUGGCAGUCUUGAUAAGAAAUUCUUGUACCUUCUCCCAGAAUUAGAUAUUCGUGACCGGUAGCUGAUGAAGGGGCAUGCAUAUAACUCAGUUUUCUACUUCUGAAUACUACUUUCAUAUUAGUUUUCGCUUGUGUAUUUGUCUAUCGAACAAAAGUGUGAUGCAAUAAAUUAAAUUACGUACGUGUUUUCAUUCUUUCAUGUUUGUCCUUGAAGUUAAAAUGUUAGGUGCUUUGAGCAGACCUCUUUGGUGAUGCAAAGAAAGCUUGGGCAUCUGCUCGCAAGAUGCUAUUUCCAGAAUCUGCUACUUCAUAUUGCUGGUUCACAGCAUCUCUAUCGGCGCAAGAACUCUUGAUGGCAGCAGUGUGUACAAAAUGGUAGAGGUGCCCUAAACAAGGUGUGUUGUUCUGCUUCUGCAUCCAAAGGUAACUUGAUUUGCAAAAUGAUUGAGUAAGCACAUGCGUAUGACUAGAGUUUCAUCUUGUCUUGUUCUUCUUAGAGAUUAUAAGAAUCAUUGCUAGUAGUAUCAUAAGAAAAGACUAAAGUAGAAGGAGAAGAAGAGGAAUCAUUAUAGCUGAAAUGUAAAUCAGUGUGAUAUUGGCACGGCUCAAUCAAAUGAAACGACCCAAUAUAUCCUUUGGGAGAUUUGAUUUGAUUGAGCCAUUCCAACAUCUCCACUUCCUUUGAACUUACCCAGAGACAGGAUGAUCAACAAAGCAGGGAAUUGAUCAAAACAUUUACCCCAUAUGAGUCUGAAACUUGUAGACAAGCAAGCUUUAUUCAGGAGCUGUGGUGAUUGAUCAUGUAAACAACAAAUAGCCUGCGAGUGGUGGAACAAAGUGUAAGAGAAAGAAGAAAGUAGAAGAAAUGGACAAGGGAUUGGCAAGAAAAUAGAAUGGUUCAGAAAAAAAAGGGUUGAGAUGUCAGUGUCUUUGCUCGAUUUAGAAGUUUGAAAAUUGAUUUAAAAUUAAUUAUGGGGGGUCGUCCAUACGCUUGGUGGUUGAUGACAUUGGCCAACUGCACGCAGAAAGGGUCCUUUCCCUCGCUUGUACUUUCUUAUGUUUAAUGUUAUUGUCUACAACAGCUUACUAAUUGACUAAUAAUACAAGCAUAAAAAGGUUAAAUGUU